AGUGUUUGUUAAAGGAACUUUUUAAAGAACUUAUUCUCAAUUUGUACAUGCUUGUGUAUCAUAUUAAAAUUGUGCUAUCUAUAAAAAACAUUUUAACUUUAUAUUAUUAAAAUGUUAGCCAUUGUAAGAAAUUUGGUUCGGCUAUCUACACGGAGAAUUUCACUACGGUGUUGUAAUAAUAAGAAAUUUGAAAUUAAUGACAAUACAGAGUUUGUAGAUAAAGUGCUGAAUAGUGAUGUUCCAGUGAUAGUUAAUUUUCAUGCCGAAUGGUGUGAUCCGUGCAAAAUCCUUACUCCUAAAUUAGAAGAGUUGAUUGGACCAAUGAAUGAUCUUAAUUUAGCCAUAGUCAAUGUAGAAUUAAAUCCCGAACUAGUGCAUACCUUCGAGGUGAAAGCUGUACCCGCUGUUAUUGCUGUAUCCAAUGGCUUAGUUGUAGAUAAGUUCAUUGGCUUAGUCGAAGCCAAUAUGAUUGACAAUUUAAUAAAAAAAUUAACAGCGAGUACCCAACAGCCAUCGAAUAAAAAUAAUAUUACAACCUAAUGAUAUUUCUACGAAGAUGCGAGUAUAGCUACUUGAUAUAAUUAUACCAAUAGAAAUGUAUACAAUAUAUAAAUAUAUUGUUC